UUUCAACAUGUUCAAACUGUCUGCUGCCCUUUUCGUGCUCUGCGCUGUGCUCGCCUGCAGCCUGGCUGAGGCGAAGCCUGCGGUGCUUGUGGAUGCGGCUCCUGCUGUUGUCACCGCCACCAGCUCACAGUAUGUGGCACGCAACUUCAAUGGCAUCGCUGCCGCACCCAUUGUUGCUGCCGCCGCUCCCGUUGCCGCCGCGUACACUGCACCAAUUGCUGCUGCUCCCAUUGCCAGCGCCGCUUACACAGCGCCUCUCGCUUAUCCCUAUAGCUAUCCCUACACCGCUGCCUACACCACAUACCUGUAA